AUGGCGGCCACAGCUCCCGGUGCGGCUCCUCCCCCCCCCGCGCCCCCCCCGCCGCAGAGUCCGACGGCGGCUCCCACCGCCCCGGCGGGGAGCGCUCCCCCCGCGGCCGCGCCGACUCCGCCGGCCGCGCCGGCCCCGCCACCCGCCGCGCCACUGUCAGCCGCGCUCUCGGGCCCUUUCCCCGGCGGCCGCGUGGUGCGGCUGCACCCGGUUGUGCUCGCCUCCAUCGUAGACAGCUUCGAGCGGCGCAACGAGGGCGCGGCGCGGGUCAUCGGGACGCUGCUGGGGACCGUGGACAAGCACUCGGUGGAGGUCACCAACUGCUUCUCCGUGCCGCACAACGAGUCCGAGGAUGAGGUGGCCGUGGAUAUGGAAUUUGCCAAAAACAUGUAUGAGUUGCACAAGAAAGUGUCUCCUAGCGAGAUCAUCUUGGGCUGGUAUGCAACAGGUCACGACAUCACGGAGCACUCGGUCCUGAUCCACGAGUAUUACAGCCGGGAAGCACACAAUCCAAUCCACCUCACCGUGGACACAAGUCUCCAGAAUUCACGCAUGAGCAUUAAAGCCUAUGUCAGUGCCCCAAUGGGAGUCCCUGGUAAAACUAUGGGCGUGAUGUUCACACCACUAACAGUGAAAUAUGUUUAUUAUGAUACAGAGCGGAUAGGAGUGGAUCUCAUCAUGAAGACCUGCUUCAGCCCCAACCGAGUGAUUGGCUUGUCCAGUGACUUGCAGCAGGUGGGGUCGGCGUCAGCCAGGAUCCAGGACACCCUGACCAUGGUGCUGCAGUACGCCGAGGACGUGCUGUCUGGCAAAGUGGCUGCUGACAACACUGUCGGGCGCUUCCUGAUGGAUCUUAUUAACCAGGUGCCAAAGAUUUCACCAGAGGACUUUGAGACCAUGUUGAACAGCAAUAUCAAUGACCUACUGAUGGUAACCUACUUGGCAAAUCUCACACAGUCACAGAUUGCUCUGAAUGAAAAACUUCUGAGUUUGUAAAGAAACUUUUGCCACCCUACACUUUAAGGAGCCUGAAGAAUGAGCAGAUACACUUUUCUGUUGUGUUAGACAUUUCCUUGGACUGUAAUUUAAUUACCUACAUGACUUGGUUUACAUCGUUAUUUCCAUUGCUCUGAGAAGUCCCUAACAUGCUUUAGGAAAUGAAUGGGAGCGACUGCAGUUCAGUUGAGCCUGGUAUUUUAAAAUGAAAUAUGAGAAUCUUAGGUCUUGUGGAUUUGUCUACUUGUAUAACAAAAUACAGCUUUAUUGUAAGAAUGUAUUUGGAAUAAAAGUUCCAUUGCAGUGGCAACAAUGGUCCAGAAAAAAAAAAAAAAACUUUCUCAUUUAUUGUGUAAUGAAUCCAUUUUAGAAAGAGGGUGGGGGGUAAGAUGGCAUCAGGAAAGAAAGAGUUGAUGGGAGUGAACUCCAGUUCUUUGCAGGUUUUUUUUCCAACUGCUAAAGCACACUGGAAGUGUGGGGGUUUGUGUUGCAUAUAAUAUGCUUUAGCAUGCAGGUCUGCAGAAUAGUCUCUGGUUUAGUGUGGUGCUGUGUACAUCCCUUCAGCAGGGUACUGACAGACUAUGAGACAGUAAAUUCAGUUUAUGGUAUCACUUCUAUGCAUAUAAUUAUUUUCUGAUUGUUUGGGAAAAGAAGUAAAGGUCAAUAGCAUUACCCCCUCUUAAAGAGUGAGUUCAGAGAAUUAAAGCCAGCAACUAAGUUCAUGGUAAAAGAGUUUGAAAAGCAUUUGUGGCUAAACAAGCUUGGCUACUGGAGUUUCCAUCUUUGCCAAAGACGAAAAGGACAGCAAAAUGACAAUCCAUGAGAUUGGAGGUUGAAAGUUAGGUGUUGCCAAAUGGGAAUUUUCUAUUUCAUAAUGCUGUACUGCUGCUAAAAUGUGAAGAGAAACCCCAUUUUCUCCCCAAGAUAUGUUUCAUGUUAACUAAGUUCCAGCUGGAAGAAAGCCAAUACAAAUAUCAGCUGCAACUUUGCACGGUCUCUGCCAAUAACAUUACCUUUAGAAGGCUGUCUUACAGUUCAGCUGUGCUGAGGGGGUACUCUGCUUUAACAGAGUUAAAGCAUCCCUUUUCUACAACAAAACUGUUCCCACCUUACUAAGGACUGUAUCUAGUUUGGUGAAUGAAUUUGAAAUUGAAGUAUGCAAAGAGAGUCUUCUCCAAAACUGGUAAUUUGCCAGCUAAAUCCAAGAAUAAGACCCAGAUUACAAAUCUGUAGAUCCUGUAUUGCUUUUUCCAAUCUAGAGAGUUCCCCCAGUGACUCAAUGCUAAAUUCUAAGUUCUAAUUGCAAGGUCAAUGUAAACGGAAAGUGAAGGUCCAGCAAAGAUCCUCAUCUCAUUGAAAAUGUUAUUUGUGAGCAUUAAAUAAGUAUUAGAACUCAACUCUUUUUUUAUUAGUCUGAAUAAAAGUGUUUCACUUUCUCUUUUUUAAACUUAAUAUUCUUAAAUUCAGCCAUUUAAUGUUUCAAAAUUUUCAGAUCACUGUUUUUUGAAGAAAGUUUUGACGUGGCAGAAAAGAGGAAGCAGCAAAGGUGAAUAAGGCUCUCAAUUACUGCAAAGAAGUUGCAGUGGUGGGGAAGCAAAAUAUUUUUUCCCUUAUCUCUCCUCUGCAGGAAGCUCUUCUAUUCCCUCUUAGGAAAAGGGAGAAAACAUAAAAAGAAAGCUAUUCAGCUUUUAGAUUGUUAAAAAUCUAUGUUGUUUUAUAAGCUGGUGUGCACAAAAUGCAAAGUUCCAAGAAGAACAUUUGUGAUCAUUGUGGAAUUUGCCAGUCCUUGCAAGUACUGAAGACUAAUAAUGAAGAUAUGUGAUAAGGAACUAAGGUUAUGUCUUCCUAGAUAGAAAGAUUCACUGCAAAGCAGAGGUGUCUGAAGUGACCAAAGUCCACGAGUUUAGGCCUUUGCAAGACAGGACAUUGCCAAAUGCUUGGAGGUGGGGUAGGAAAAGAGAUUCCUUUUAAAAAAUUCUGUCUGGUCCCAUCCAUUCUGUCCUUGUGAGUGGACACAUGGUGAUCCUUACUUUGACUCUGGAGUUUUGAAUGUCUGAUUUCAAAUUUCAGUGACCACUUUUAUGAAGGACAACACUGUGAGCACAAGUGUAAUGCAUAAUUUUGCUUAAUUGUAAAGCCUGAGCUGUGCUGUUACCUAGAAGGCAUUCCUUCUCUAGAAUUGUAAAAUGUUGAGAGGAAUUACUAAAGGUAUUCUAUUAGAAUUGUUCCACUCUACAGAACCUGUCUAAAAACUUGAACUUCAAUAGAAAAUUUGGUGGGGAAAACUUGGGAGUCAAGAAACAUCACCAAGGAUUUCAAGCUUUAACUCUGUAUUGGUUUGUAAAUUGCAUGAAUUAAUUAGGGAACUUUCUCCUUUUCCUGUGUUUGUGUGUUUCUUCAGAAUGUGUUGCUCCAAAUAAUUGACAAAGUUAGUUUCACACAGUCAAGACAGAUAAUUCUCUGGUAUUCUUCUAUAUAUUAUACAGAGUUCUACUAGUGAUCUCACUAAAACAAUAAAAAACUUCCAUCCUCUAA